AUGCGUUCAGUCAGCCUCCUCCGCGCCUCUUCCAAGGCCAUCACCUCUGCCAACGCGGCACGAUGCCUCUCCACCUCGGCCACUCUUAGACUGGCACAGCCCGCUGCUGCCAGUUCUGCCGGUGCAGCCCAGGCGCAGCUCAGCCAGCUGGCCCUCUCGCGCGCCAAGGAUGUCGAGUCCAAGUGGCAGGGCACCUCGAUGCUCGGCGGCACCACCAAGAACUACAUCGACGGCAAGUUUGUCGACUCUUCCACCUCGUCCUGGCUCGACGUCAACGAUCCGUCCACGCAGGCGCUUCUUUCGAAAGUACCGCUCACCACUCAGUCCGAGUUCGACGCCGCCGUGGCCAAUGCCCAGGCGGCUUUUCCCGCGUGGAGGGACACGAGCCUGCUCAGCCGACAGCAGGUCAUGUUCAAGCUCCAGGCGCUCCUGCGUGAUCACAUGGACGACAUCGCCAACGCCAUCGUUCUAGAGCAGGGCAAGACUUUCGCCGAUGCAAAGGGCGACGUGCUCCGUGGUCUGCAAGUCGUCGAGGUGGCUUGCGGCAUCACCAGCACUCUGAUGGAGGAGCGCAUCGAGGUGUCCAAGGACAUGGACACGUACGCUCGUCGUGAGCCGCUCGGCGUCACCGCUGCCAUUGCCCCCUUCAACUUCCCCGCCAUGAUCCCGCUCUGGUCCAUCCCCAUGGCUACCGUCACAGGCAACACGCUGGUGCUCAAGCCCUCGGAGCGCGUCCCCGGUGCGUCGAUGAUCAUCGCCGAGCUGUGCGAGCGCGCCGGCAUGCCCAAGGGCGUGCUCAACGUCGUCAACGGCGCUGUCGACAUUGUCAACGGAAUCUGCGACGACCCACGCAUCAAGGCCAUCUCGUUUGUCGGCUCGGACAAGGCCGGUUCGCACAUCUACCACCGCGGCACCGCCAACGGCAAGCGCGUCCAGGCCAACCUCGGCGCCAAGAACCACGCCAUCCUCAUGCCGGACGCCAACAAGAAUUUUGCGCUCAACUCGAUCGCCGGUGCUGCGUUCGGUGCUGCCGGCCAGCGGUGUAUGGCGCUCUCGGUGGUUGUGGCGGUGGGCGAGGCGCAAUCGUGGGUACCUGAGCUCGUCGAGCGUGCAAAGCAGCUCAAGGUAUCCGGCGGCUUUGAGGAGGGCGCGGAUCUGGGUCCGCUCAUCUCGCCCCAGGCGCGGGACCGCGUUCGAUCGCUCACGGGCAGCGUUGAGCAGGAGGGCGGCAAGAUCCUGCUCGACGGCCGCGACUUCUCCUGCCCCGAGUAUCCGAACGGCAACUUUGUCGGUCCGUCGAUUGUCGAGGCUGGUCCCGGGAUGAAGGCGUACGACCAGGAGAUCUUCGGCCCCACUUUGGUCGUCGUCAAGGCGGAUACGCUCGACCAGGCCGUCGACUACAUUAACAAGAACAAGUACGGCAAUGGCGCGGCGAUCUUUACGACCAAUGGCGCCACUGCACGCAAGUUUGAGAAGACCGUCAAUGCGGGCCAGCUGGGCGUCAACGUGCCCGUGCCUGUGCCGCUGCCCAUGUUCGCCUGGUCCGGCAACAAGGGCUCCGUUCUGGGCGAUAUCGGCUUCUACGGCAAGUCGGCGCUCAACUUUUACACAUCAUUCAAGACCUCGACGUCGCUCUGGAGGUCCGACGACGCCCAGCUGUCCGAAAGGGCCACCGUCAACAUGCCUACCAUGUCGUAG